AUGGCGCUGCGCGCCCGGGCGCUCUACGACUUCAGGUCGGAGAACCCGGGCGAGAUCUCGCUGCGGGAGCACGAGGUGCUGAGCCUGUGCAGCGAACAGGACAUCGAGGGCUGGCUUGAGGGGAUCAACAGCCGCGGAGACCGCGGCCUCUUCCCGGCCUCUUACGUGCAGGUGAUCCGCGCCCCCGAGCCCGGCCCGGCGAGCGACGGCGGCCCGGGCGCUCCGAGCGCCCCGGCCCGCUAUGCCAACGUGCCACCCGGCGGCUUCGAGCCCCUGCCUUCCGUGCCCCCCACCUCCUUCAAGCCGCCGCCCGACGCCUUCCAGCCGCUGCUGCAACCGCAGCAGGCGCCGCCGGUGAGCACCUUCCAGCCGCAGGGUUUCUCGUACGGCGGGAGCGCCCUGCAGCCGUCGCCGCAACAGCUCUACGGCGGCGGCGGCGGCUACCAGGCCAGCCAGGGCAGCGACGAUGACUGGGACGAUGAGUGGGACGACAGCUCCACCGUGGCUGACGAGCCGGGAGCACUGGGGAGCGGCGCAUACCCGGACCUCGACGGCUCGUCGUCUGGGGGCGUCGGCGCUGCUGGCCGCUACAGCCUGUCCACGCGCUCCGACUUGUCGCUGGGCUCCCGCGGCGGCUCUGCGCCCCCGCAGCACCACCCGUCGGGGGCCAAGAGCUCGGCCACCGUGAGCCGCAACCUCAACCGCUUCUCCACCUUCGUCAAGUCGGGCGGGGAGGCCUUCGUGCUGGGUGAGGCGUCGGGCUUCGUGAAGGAUGGGGACAAGCUGUGCGUGGUGCUGGGACCAUAUGGCCCCGAGUGGCAGGAGAACCCCUACCCCUUCCAGUGCACCAUCGACGACCCCACCAAGCAGACCAAGUUCAAGGGCAUGAAGAGCUACAUCUCGUACAAGCUGGUGCCCACACACACGCAGGUGCCGGUGCACCGGCGCUACAAGCACUUCGACUGGCUGUACGCGCGCCUGGCCGAGAAGUUCCCGGUUAUCUCGGUGCCCCACCUGCCCGAGAAGCAGGCCACCGGCCGCUUCGAGGAGGACUUCAUCUCCAAGCGCAGAAAAGGCCUGAUUUGGUGGAUGAACCACAUGGCCAGCCACCCGGUGCUGGCGCAGUGCGACGUCUUCCAGCACUUCCUGACCUGCCCCAGCAGCACCGACGAGAAGGCCUGGAAGCAGGGCAAGAGGAAGGCCGAGAAGGAUGAGAUGGUGGGUGCCAACUUCUUCCUGACCCUGAGCACGCCCCCCGCCGCCGCCCUCGACCUGCAGGAGGUGGAGAGCAAGAUCGAAGGCUUCAAGUGCUUCACCAAGAAGAUGGACGACAGCGCGCUGCAGCUCAACCACACAGCCAACGAGUUCGCGCGCAAGCAGGUGACCGGCUUCAAGAAGGAGUACCAGAGGGUGGGGCAGUCCUUCCGCGGCCUCAGCCAGGCCUUUGAGCUGGACCAGCAGGCCUUCUCGGCCGGCCUGAACCAGGCCAUUGCCUUCACCGGAGAUGCCUACGACGCCAUCGGUGAGCUGUUUGCCGAGCAGCCCAGGCAAGACCUAGACCCGGUCAUGGACCUGUUGGCGUUGUACCAGGGCCACCUGGCCAACUUCCCCGACAUCAUCCACGUCCAGAAAGGAGCUCUUACCAAAGUAAAGGAGAGUAGGCGACACGUGGAAGAAGGGAAGAUGGAAGUCCAAAAGGCUGAUGGCAUUCAGGAUCGCUGUAACACUAUUUCUUUUGCUACUUUGGCUGAAAUUCACCACUUCCAUCAAAUUCGAGUAAGAGACUUUAAAUCACAAAUGCAGCAUUUCUUACAGCAACAAAUAAUAUUUUUCCAAAAAGUGACGCAGAAGUUGGAAGAGGCUCUUCACAAAUAUGAUAGUGUUUAA